AUAAAUUCACAUCUGUAUCCCUACACAUCAAAGUUUAACUUACCUCCAGUGUGAGGGCUACGUUAAAUAAACAAUUUAAUUUAAGAUGAAAGUCUAAACUCCUACACAAACAAUUCAAUGUUUUUAAUAAAGGCAGUAGGAGGUAAAAUUAUAAAUAAGAGAGUGGAGAGUGCGGAGAAGGAAAUUUCAUUUAGUUCUGGAUUUUAUGUUCUGGUGGUAUUCCUCCACUCCUGUACCCAGUGUGUUCACGUUCAAGUAUCGAGAUAAAUACUCUGCUUGUCAAUGGAUUUUUGAGUUACUUCUCGGUUCUCGGUAGUGUUACUUCAACCGCUGACAGAGAUACUUAUAUUUUUAUUUUGGCUAUUUUAUCACCAAGAUGAAGCGUUUUUGGAUAGCUUGUUUUAUCAGCAUCAACUGCUUCCUGGUCCGAAUGACAGUUUCUGAUAAUAUUGAUCCAUUGGACGUACUUACACUAACAGUAGCUUCAAAUAGAACCGAUGGUUUUGAGAGAUAUUUAAGAUCAGCUCGUGUGUAUGGAUUUGAGAACAACGUCAUGGUCCUCGGUCUGGAUAAACCAUGGAAAGGAGGAAAUAUGAAGAGCCUAGGAGGCGGAUACAAAAUAAAUUUACUGAAAAAAGCGCUAAAGAAAUUUAAAGAUGAUGAGAAGAAAAUAAUUUUAUUUACCGAUAGUUAUGAUGUUAUAUUUUCUUCAAAAUUAGAAAAAAUAGUAAAGAAAUUUAAAACCUUUGAUGCGAGAAUUGUUUUUGGAGCUGAAAAAUUUAUAUGGCCUGAUAAAUCACUAGCCUCAAAAUAUCCAAAAGUUUAUCACGGUGAAGCUUAUCUGAAUUCCGGUGGGUUCAUUGGAUAUGCCUCCGAUGUUUAUGCUAUUUUAAAUGACAAAAAAAUUGAUGAUACUGAUGACGACCAGCUUUAUUACACAAAUGUUUAUUUGAAUGAAAAUCUUAGAAAGAAACAUAAGAUUAAGCUUGACCAUAAGUGUGAAAUUUUCCAAAAUCUACAUGGAUCUAUUGAGAAUAUUGAACUACGAUUUAAAGAAGACGAAGCUUAUCUACAGAAUACAUUAUACAAUACAGUACCGAUGAUUAUUCACGGCAAUGGUCUGGCAAAGCUGGUACUAAAUUCUCUCGGAAACUACUUGGCAAAAGCCUGGAAUCCAGAGGAGGGUUGUUUAAAUUGCUGGGAUAAUACAAUAGAACUUUCAGAAAAAGAACAACAUACUUAUCCGCCUAUUUUAAUAGCCAUUUUUAUCGACAAAGCUACUCCAUUCCUUGAAGAAUUUUUGGACAAAAUCUAUCGGCAAACAUACCCCAAGUCUAAAUUGCAUUUAUUUGUUUACAAUAACGAAGUAUAUCACGAGAAAUUGGUACAAAAGUGGAUUGACAAAUUCAGCGGUCAAUAUAAAAGCAAGAAAGUUAUCUCUCCAUCAGAUCAAAUUGAUCCAGCAACUGCUAGAGAUCUUUCUCUAAACUAUUGUUUACUAAAAGAGUGCUCUGGUCACUUUUUCAUCGAAUCAGUGGCUCAUCUAGACAACGAGCACACCUUAAAGUUACUCGUGGAACAGCAGAGGUCAAUCGUGGCACCUUUACUAUUAAGACCUGGACAAAGUUGGAGUAAUUUUUGGGGAGCUGUCGCCGACAACGGAUACUACGCCCGCAGUUCAGAUUACAUGGAAAUAAUUGAAAAUAAACGCCGAGGACUGUGGAAUGUACCUUACAUCGCCAAUUGCUACCUGAUGAACGUGACAAUCAUAAGCCACGCAGAGACCCGGCCUGUUUUCGUAGCCAAUGACUUGGAUCCAGACAUGUCUUUUGCUAUCACCAAUCGUCAGCGGGGUAUCUUUAUGUACGUCAAUAAUCGUCUCGAGUUUGGUCACCUGGUUAAUCCAGAGACUUACAAUAUUCAAUACACCAACCCAGAUUUGUAUGAAAUAUUCAACAACAAAAUUGACUGGGAGAAUCGUUAUCUUCACGUUAAUUACUCCAAUAAUUUUAAUGAAGACAAUAAGCCUGCCCAGCCAUGUCCAGAUGUAUACCGUUUCCCGAUAGUCUCACCAAGAUUCACCCGAGAAUUUAUUGAGAUUAUGGAAGCAUUUGGUCAGUGGUCUGAUGGAUCUAACCAGGAUGAUCGACUAGAUAGUGGGUAUGAACCAGUUCCAACGCGCGAUAUCCACAUGACCCAAGUGGGUCUCCAUGAAACCUGGCUCGAGUUUCUAAGGAUCUAUGUAAGCCCUUUACAAGAAAUGGUUUUUCUCGGAUAUUACGACUAUCCGCCAAAAUCGUUGAUGAACUUUGUCGUGAGGUACAAACCAGACGAACAACCUUCGCUGAGACCACACCACGAUAGCUCGACGUACACAAUAAAUAUUGCGUUAAACAAAGCCGGAGUGGAUUACGAAGGUGGCGGCUGUCGAUUUAUUCGUUACAAUUGUUCAGUCACUGACACUAAACCUGGCUGGAUGCUGAUGCAUCCCGGACGAUUAACUCACUAUCAUGAGGGUCUAUUAGUUACUAAAGGAACUAGAUACAUCAUGAUAUCGUUCGUCGAUCCGUAAUUCAAUGACCGCGCUAGUAAAUAAUGAAAUUCAAAUUACAAAUCAUUUCAUUAUUUUUUAUCAGUCAAUUACCGGUGAUAUUGAUAACUAACUAUUAUUAUACGUAUUAUUUCAUUCUGUAUUAUUUAUACGUACU